AAGGCUCUUCCCAGGCUCGGAGCACAGACAGCACUGCAGCACCGGGCGGAGAGGGACAGCUCCUCCAGACGGGAUGGUGAAUGGAGGGCUCCUUGUCACUCCUCCGCGUCUCCCGGCUCCUGUGACUUCACCAGCAGCAGCCUUCCCUGUGACCAGAGAAAAGGAGGAUGGCUAAGGACCGCGCACACAGGAACUGUGAAUUAAAAAAUAGUUGAUACUUUUCUUUUUCAAAUGCCAAAGACAUCCCAGUGGGAAUUGGAGAUAAUUGGUUUUAUGUGGUGCACAAACAAUUGAGAGAAACAUGUCAAAGAAAACCAGAGCCAAAGGAGACAAGUCUGAAGGGGAGAUGGAGGCCUUUCAGGUGGCCAACGAGGAACUCCGGACAAAACUUACCCAAAUCCAAAUAGAAAAUCAGCAGGAGAAAAGUAAGGUGAGUAAACUUCGAGAAAGGAUCCAAGAUGUCAGGCAGGAAAGGGAGCAAGAACAGCAUAGACAUACUGUGUAUGUAACUGAACUGAAGGCAAAGCUACACGAGGAGAAAAUGAAGGAGCUCCAGUCAGUCCGGGAGGUACUGAUACGGCAGCAUGAACUGGAUGUAGCCCGCUGGGUAAAGAUUAAAGACGCCGAGAUCCAGCGACUUCAGUCCACCGUCAAUGUGUUAAGGGACGGAGCAGCAGACAAAGUAAAAAUGGCUUUAUUAAAUGAGGCCCGAGAAGAGGCCAGGAGGUCUUUUGAUAUUGAACGUAUAAAGUUCCAACAAGAAGUCCUGGAAUUGAAGGGUGGUAAAAAACACUUGGAGGAGUCGCUGAAUAAUGUCAUGCAGGCGGAUAAAAUGAAGGCAGCCGAUUUGCGAACAGCGUAUCAAACCCACCAGGAGGAGAUCACCAGGAUCAAACGGGAGAGUGAGCGCGACAUCCGCAGGCUGAUGGAUGAAAUUAAAGGAAAGGAUCGCGUGAUAAUGGCGCUGGAGAAGGAGCUCGGGACGCAGGCUGGUCACACGCAGAAGCUGUUGCUGCAGAAGGAAGCUUUGGAUGAACAGCUGGUCCAGGUCAAGGAAGCUGAGCGAUACCACGGCAGUCCAAAGAAGGAGCUUCCCACCGGAGUUGCUGACAUAUCCGAACUGAUGGGUCAUGCUGUAAAAUCUAAAGAGGAUACACAUGUAGAUGACAGAGACCUGCGAAGAUUCCAGCUCAAGAUUGCAGAACUAUAUGCUGUGAUCCGGAAGCUGGAGGACAGGAAUACACUGCUCUCUGAUGAGAGGAAUGAACUGCUAAAGCGUUCCAGAGAGACAGAAAGUCAGGUGAAACCUCUCGUGGAGAAGAAUAGGAGGCUAUCCAAGAAAAACGAUGAUACUUUACAGACAAUUCAAAGAAUGGAGGAAAAAAUUAAGGCCUUAUCAAGAGAAAAUGCAGAAAUUAAGGAGAAGUUUUCCACUGUGGGUUCCCUGAAGUCACACCCAUGCCUGGACAAUCUGAGCAAUGCCCAGGAGCAAGAGAUUGAAUUCCUAAGGCUUCAAGUAAUGGAGCAACAGCAAAUCAUUGAUGACAUCACAGUGGAAAGGGAACGGAUACUGCGUUUCAAGAAGCCCAAAAGAAAAAGUUUGAAGCAUCCAAAGAGGCAUGUUGUGGAGACGUUUUUUGGAUUUGACGAAGAAUCUGUUGAUUCAGAAACCUCUUCAGUCACCUCCUUUAACACUGAUAAAACGGACAGGACACCUGCAACACCUGAAGAAGAUCUUGAAGAUAGCACCCCUAAAGAGGAGGCUGAUUUAAGGUUUCGUCAGCUGACACGCGAGUACCAGGCACUGCAGAGAGCCUAUGCCUUACUCCAAGAGCAAGUAGGGGGGACCCUGGAUGCAGAAAGAGAAGCAAGGACUCGGGAACAGCUCCAGGCAGAUUUGCUCCGAUAUCAGGCCAAAAUCGAAGACUUGGAGAAUUCUCUGUGUGAGAAAGGACAGGAUUCCAAGUGGGUGGAAGAGAAACAGCUGCUUCUGCGGAAAAAUCAAGACUUGUCAGAAAAGAUCUUUAAGUUUGAAUCGGAUGAGAGUCAGCUGAAAAAUGAAAUCCAGGAUGCCAAAGACCAGAAUGAAUUGUUAGAGUUCCGGGUGUUAGAGUUGGAAGAGAGAGAACGAAGGUCUCCAGCCUUUAACCUCCAUAUAGCCAGCUUCCCAGAAAAUAAUGGAAGCGCCCUGCAGCUAUUCUGUCAGCAGGAAGGAAUUAAGGAUGUGGACAUUCAGAGCUUAUGAAGAAGCUGGAUAUUACUUGGCGACAAUGGGAAUUUGCGGAAUGAAGAACAGGUUGCAGUAAUUCAAGCGGGUACUGUGUUAUCUCUCUGUGAAAAGUGGCUGAAACAGAUUGAGGUGACGGAAGCUGCCCUCACACAAAAAAUGAUCGAUCUGGAAAAUGAGAAGGAUUUGUUCAGCAAACAGAAAGGGUACUUAGAAGAGGAACUUGACUACCGGAAGCAAGCACUUGAUCAAGCAUAUAUGAAAAUCCAGGAUCUAGAAGCCACUCUGUAUAACGCUUUACAACACGAACCCGGGAAGAGAGUCAGCGAAUGUUUGAAUGAGGCUCAAAGAGAAGACUUGAGGUUGGCAGUAGAAAAGCUGCGAAGGCAAAUACUGCGGCAGAGCCGCGAGUUUGACAGCCAAAUUCUUCAUGAACGCAUGGAGCUCUUACAACAGGCACAACAGAGAAUCCGUGAACUCGAAGAUAGGAUAGAACUUCAAAAACGACAACUGAAAGAAAUAGAAGAAAAGCAUUCAUUCUGUGGCCUUAACGAUCUAUUCCAGCAAACAAAGAUGGGUUUGAAAAGAGCACAUGGGGUAAACAUCUGACUCUUCUGCAACUGCCAAAACAGACGUGAUCUUAUUUUAUUUUUUAAUCACAGGACUGGCCUGAGCUGCCAGACGACUCUUUAAAUUAUAAGUUUUGUACCGAUUUAGUUUUUAACUGGACUAAAUUUGUUGCACAGCAAUAGUCCCGAUAUUCAGAGACUCUAACAAAAUGGAUGAAAACAUAGUAAAUAAAAAAAUUAAUAAAUGCACAAUAGCA